AUGUCCUACCGUCUGUGGUCGCUGCAACACGCCCUGCGUGCAUGCGAUUUGCCACUCGAUAAUCUCCAAUACAAGGCUGUCAUUGCGCAAGCAAAUUCACUGCCCGAUGCUGAAGCAAACGACUAUCUUUGCAGCAUCCUAGGCACCUCGAAUGCCGCUCUUCAUUUCAUCACCGUCUUCAACGAAUACCGCGCAGAUCUCGCCGAGCAGAGGGCCGAGAUCGAGGCUGCCGAAAGCGACAGCUCGCCCACGAGCUCGCCAUCAGCCUCGCCAGCCAUACGCCUGCCAUCUCCCGAACCAUGA